AUAAUAUUCAAAUUGUUUAAGUUCCAAAGAAAUAGAGAAUUAAACUUUCACUGAUAAAGUCAGGUUUCUUUGAAUUAUAAAUUGUAACUCGUAGGACCAACAUGGAACAGUCAAGAAGUUCAAAUAAUUAAUUGUAAUGAACUGAAAUUGUUUUUUCUGUUGAAAGUGCGUGCACCUUUGGUGUGUGUCUAUCAGAGUAUCAGAGCAUAACCUGAUGAUGGUAUCGAGCUCCGUGUGUCACUAUUAAUCGCUGUAUCGGGAGGAUCCAGUCGAGGCAGCUCGCAUUUAUAUGCCACAUCCUAAGCUUCUAGUUCUGCGUCUGCUGGAGCGAGUCGGCGUGAGUCAGUGGCAUGAAUCAGCUGAGGCACAUCGGGACCAAAAUGAUGUCAUUGAGAAACACACACAGUCAGGGCUGGAUCUGGUGGAUAAAUACAUUAAGUUCGUAAAGGAGCGCACAGAGAUCGAGCAAAGCUAUGCCAAGCAGCUAAGGAAUCUAACAAAGAAGUACAGCCCUAAACGAGGCAGCAAGGAGGAGCAGGAAUGCAGGUUUUCAAACCACCAGUCCUUCUUGGACAUUCUUAACGAGAUGAAUGAUUAUGCAGGACAGAGGGAGCUGAUCGCAGAGAACAUGAUGAUGAACAUCUGCAUCGAACUCACCAAAUACCUGCAGGAGCUCAAACUGGAGCGCAAGGCGCAUCUGUCAGAUGCCAAAAAGGCUCAGCAGGCUUUGGAGAGCACCUACAAGCAGCUCGACUGUAGUAAAAAACGCUUUGAGAGGGAGUGGAAGGAGGCGGAAAAGGCGGUGCAGUAUGCAGAGAAAACAGAUCAGGACAUCAAUGCUACAAAAGCAGAUGUGGAAAAGGCUAAACAGCAGGCUCAUAUGCGUACACACAUCGCAGAAGAGUGUAAGAAUGACUACGCUGCCCAGCUGCAGAAAUACAACAAGGAGCAGAACCAGUUCUACUUCACUGACAUGCCACAGAUAUUCAAUAAGCUGCAGGACAUGGAUGAGAGGCGUGUGCGGAAGCUAUCACAAGCCUACAUCCUGUAUGCCGAUACGGAAAGGCAAGUCAUGCCCAUCAUCGGGAAGUGCCUGGAGGGCAUCACCAGAGCUGGCACCAAUGUUAAUGAGAAGAAUGACUCCCUGGUUCUCGUAGAGCAGCACAAAUCAGGUUUUGAGCGUCCUGGCGAUCUGGAAUUUGAGGACUACAGUCAGGGCAUCAACCGGGCCUCAUCUGACAGCAGCCUGGGCACGCCCAAAGGCCCGCUGGAUCUGCUGGGCAAAAACAAGAGCAAACCUUUCUGGCUGUUCAGCAAGAAGAGCAAGCCUUCCUCCUCCCCACUCACGCCCUUCUCCACACCCCCCGCCCCCUCACCCGCUAACGGACCCCCCUCCCCCAAGUUUGCCCGGGAUCCCCUGUCCUACUGUUUGAAGGAGAUCAAUAAGACAGUCAAGCCACGAAUCUCGUCCUUCCGGACCCUCCGCAGAACGCCGGCUGCCACAGAGGAUUUCGGCCAUCUUCCCCCGGAGCAGAGAAGGAAACGGCUGCAACAGAAGAUCGAUGACAUCAGCAAGGAACUGCAGAAGGAACUAGACCAAAGUGAGGCUCUGGGGAAGAUGAAAGACGUUUAUGAGAAAAAUCCCCAGAUGGGCGAUCCUGCUAGUCUGGCACCGCAAAUCACCCAGACAACCCACAACAUCGAAAAGCUCAGAGGGGAACUUAACAAAUACGAGUCAUGGCUCGCAGGAGCCGGGGGACGUGGAGACGCUACUCUUCGUUACUCCACUCACUCUCUAAACAACAAUGGUGGCCACAAUGCGUACAGUCCUGAUGGUGCUCAUUCGGAUGAGAGCACCCCCGACCCCUCUCAGGCCAUCUACGCUGAGUUUGAUGAUGACUUUGAGGAGGAGGAGCUCUCCACUCCCAUCGGCCAAUGCACAGCUCUGUACAACUUCCCAGGCUCUAGUGAGGGCACGAUCUCCAUGCAGGAGGGUGAGGUGUUGGCUGUGGUGGAGGAGGACAAAGGUGACGGAUGGACACGAGUGAGGCGGAGCAAUGGAGACGAAGGCUACAUCCCCACCUCUUAUGCCAACAUCACACUCAACAAGUGACCCAGGCAUUGCCUUCCCUGACAUGAGGAGCAACACCCCAUCAUCACGGCAUAUCAUUUGGCACAGAAUACCGGAGAGAGAGAGAGAGAGAGAGAGAGAUAGAAACAUGCUAUGCAUCUGACAGAUUCCCGUCAGGUCAGCCAGAAAGAGCAUGAGAACGUUGUUAGCAUUUUAUGUUUUCCCCCCUCCUUGUUCUCCUCCUCCUUCUCCUCGUCUAGACGCCUGAGCUGCAGUGAGCGUGUAUAUGCUUGAGAUGCUGUUCGGGUCUUGCUCGGCCUGUGAGACAUCAGCCGUCUGCCAUCAUCAAACAAAGACAAACCACAGGGGAAGAUGUUUGAGUGCUGUAGCUGAAGAGGACGUAAGCAUACAACACACAUUUUGUCAAGUGUGUAUGUGGAGAGAAUGGAAAGAGAAUCAAAUGUAGUCUGGUGCUACCAAGAAGAGGAAACUAAUUAACCAUAACAAUUGCUUCUCUAUGUCCUGAUCGGAAGCCUGUUAUUCCUUGGCCUUCAUGUUUAAACUUUCCUUUUAAUGGACAGUGCACAGACCAACGUCCACCAAUCCUUUGCAAAUGCUUGCCUGUAUGUGCAUUUAUAAUGGAACGAAUGUGUGUAUGUAUGUUGGAGAGAGUGAGCAGUAUGAACCAGUUAAUACGGUUUAACCUUUCUGUUUUAGAAAUAUAUGAAAAUAUAUAUUUUUUCCUAAAAUUGAAACGCUACACACUCCACAGUACAAAACUUUUAAGACAAUCACCAUAGAAAGCUAUACGUAGAAUUUAAUGACUGCUUUUUACAAACCCUGGCUGCAUAUUACACAAAUUCGAUAAUGUUUGAAAGAUCAUAAUUUAUUGUUUGUGUGGCCACAUUUGCACAAGUUGUAACUCUACAUACACAGACAGACACACACACACACACACACAAACACACACACACUGCAAAAUCACAUGAACACAGUUUAUCAACAGCUAAUGUGUAAAUAAAGAAAACUAUAAAAAGA